ACAAGUCUUUCCGCCUCCCCAGCCCGCCUGGGAGCCUGGAGCUGGGAGCUGGAUGACGGUGGCCUGAGCAGCCAGCGCAGCCGCGCGAGCCCGGAGCCCCUGCCCCUUCCUGCACCGCCGAGCCCGCCGGGAGGACCGGGAAAGCCGCCGCCGCCGACCGGCCAUGCCCGCCCCUCCCAGCCCCCCGCGGGGCCCGACCCCGCUGCCGAGGCUGGCCUCCUCCGUCCCGAUGUAGCGAGUUCCGGAUCGCAGCCUCCCCGCGUCUCUCGCGCUCUGCGGAUUUCUCCUGCCGGCUCUCCGCGGCCCCGACCCGGGGGCUGGCCGAGGGGCCUGCAGGCUCUGGAGCCCUGAUGCCUCCAAGCGUCCUCUCCUGAGACGCCACCGCCGCCGCCACCCGGGCUUGGGGGCAGGGAACGCGGACGGACGCGGGCCAGUGCCAGCCCAGAGGGCCCGAAGGCCGGGGCCCACCAUGGCCCAAGCCCUGCCCUGGCUCCUGCUGUGGAUGGGCUCGGGCGUGCUGCCCGCCCAGGGCACCCAGCUCGGCAUCCGGCUGCCCCUGCGCAGCGGCCUGGGGGGCGCCCCCCUGGGGCUGCGGCUGCCCCGGGAGACCGACGAGGAGCCCGAGGAGCCCGGCCGGAGGGGCAGCUUUGUGGAGAUGGUGGACAACCUGAGGGGCAAGUCGGGUCAGGGCUACUACGUGGAGAUGACCGUGGGCAGCCCCCCGCAGACGCUCAACAUCCUGGUGGACACGGGCAGCAGUAACUUUGCAGUGGGGGCUGCCCCCCACCCUUUCCUGCAUCGCUACUACCAGAGGCAGCUGUCCAGCACAUACCGGGACCUCCGGAAGGGCGUGUAUGUGCCCUACACCCAGGGCAAGUGGGAAGGGGAGCUGGGCACCGACCUGGUGAGCAUCCCCCAUGGCCCCAACGUCACUGUGCGUGCCAACAUCGCUGCCAUCACUGAAUCAGACAAGUUCUUCAUCAAUGGCUCCAACUGGGAGGGCAUCCUGGGGCUGGCCUACGCUGAGAUUGCCAGGCCCGACGACUCCCUGGAGCCCUUCUUUGACUCCCUGGUAAAGCAGACCCACGUUCCCAACCUCUUCUCCCUGCAGCUUUGUGGUGCUGGCUUCCCCCUCAAUCAGUCAGAAGUAUUGGCUUCAGUUGGAGGGAGCAUGAUCAUCGGGGGUAUCGACCACUCACUGUACACGGGCAGUCUCUGGUAUACACCCAUUCGGCGGGAGUGGUAUUAUGAGGUAAUCAUUGUACGGGUGGAGAUCAAUGGACAAGAUCUGAAAAUGGACUGCAAGGAGUACAACUAUGACAAAAGCAUCGUGGACAGUGGCACCACCAACCUUCGUCUGCCCAAGAAAGUAUUUGAAGCUGCAGUCAAAUCCAUCAAGGCAGCCUCCUCGACGGAGAAGUUCCCCGAUGGGUUCUGGCUAGGAGAACAGCUGGUGUGCUGGCAAGCAGGCACCACCCCUUGGAACAUUUUCCCAGUCAUCUCACUCUACCUAAUGGGUGAGGUCACCAAUCAGUCCUUCCGCAUCACCAUCCUUCCACAGCAAUACUUGCGGCCAGUGGAAGAUGUGGCCACGUCCCAAGAUGACUGUUACAAGUUUGCCAUCUCACAGUCGUCCACAGGCACUGUCAUGGGAGCUGUUAUCAUGGAGGGCUUCUACGUUGUCUUUGACCGCGCCCGGAAACGAAUUGGCUUUGCUGUCAGUGCUUGCCAUGUGCACGAUGAGUUCAGGACGGCAGCGGUGGAAGGUCCUUUUGUCACCCCGGACAUGGAAGACUGUGGCUACAACAUUCCACAGACAGAUGAAUCCACCCUCAUGACCAUAGCCUAUGUCAUGGCCGCCAUCUGCGCCCUCUUCAUGCUGCCACUCUGCCUCAUGGUGUGUCAGUGGCGCUGCCUCCGCUGCCUGCGCCAUCAGCACGAUGACUUUGCUGAUGACAUCUCCCUGCUGAAGUGAGGAGGCCCAAGGGCAGAAGAUGGAGAUUCCCUGGACCACAUUUGGGUGGUUCCCUCUGGUCAUAAGUAGGAGACACAGGUGGCAUCUGUGGCCAGAGUACCUCAGGACCCUUACUCACCCACCAAAUGCCUCUGCCUUGACAGAAAAGGAAAAGAUGGCAAGGUGGGUUAUAGGGAUUGCACCUGUAGAAACAGGAGAGGGAAGAAGCACUUUGGUGGUGGGAAUGCUCUUGGUCACCUCAAACUUAAGAUGGGAAACUCUGCUGCUUGAAACUUCAGCCCUGAACCUUUGCCCACCAUUCCUUCAAAUUCUCCAACCCAAAGUAUUCUUAUUUUCAUAGUUCUAGAAGUACUGGCAUCACCCCCAGCUUACCCUGGUGUGUGUCCCUGUGGUACCAUGGUAGAGAAGGGGCCAAUCUUGUUUCCCUGCUGACCAAAGUUAGUGGGAGAGGAUGCAGUUUGCUAUUUGCUUUAGAGAUAGGGACUGUAUAAAUACGCUUAACAUUGGUGCAGAUUCCCUUUUGAAUUAGACAAAAAAUAAUUAUACUGAACUUAUGUACAAAUGGGAGCGGUUAGAAAUAGGAGAAGAAAUACAAAGAUGGGGAUAGUGAGAUCAAAGCUAGGAAAGGCAGAAACACAACCACUCCCAGUCCCAGUUUUAGACCUCAUCUCCAAGACAGAAUCCCAGCUCAUAAGAUGGGUAUUGUUGCCCAGUAUUUUCUUUUCUGUGGUUGCAGCCUGACCAAAAGUAAGAUGGGAAGAAGGGCUCAUCUAGCCAAAGAGCUCUUUUUUAGCUCUCAUAAGUGAAAAGUGCCCACUAAGAAGUUCCACUUAACAUAAUUUCUAUCUUAUUAACUCCACUUGUCUCUACCUGAACUCUUAAUUCUGCAUAUGAUAGGCAGUGCUGAAAUAUCCUAACCCUUAAGCUCCAGGUGCCCUAUGGGAGAGCAGCUGGAAUAUAAGCAGGGCUGGGCUCUGUCUUCCUGGUCACAGGUUCACUCCUUCCCCCAAAUUCCUAUUUUUCUGGAGCUUUGCAGCUGAGGUGCUAAAAGGAAUAGCUAGGAUACCUCUCCUACUUAAUCCUUCAAAGCAGAAUCCUGACGAUUAAUUCAGCAGCUAUAGGGCUGAUGCCCUAUACCUCUGCCUGGAUUUCUUCCUGUUCGGCCGUAAGAAGUGGUAAGAUCUUCAUGUAAUACAGAGCAGUUUCAUUGCCUUCUCACCUUCUCUAAGGGCCCCUCCAUUUAUUUAAGGCAUCACAGUGACACUAGUAUUAUAUACCGAGAGUGUCUGAAAUGCAAGACUGUCUGGGUCUAACAUCAUUGCCUUCAGUAUCAAGGUUGCCUGAAGAAAGGAUGGCAGCCUCAGGGCUUCCUUAUUUCCUUCACAAGAGCCCCUUGAUGAAGGCCAUCUUUUCCCCCAUCCUGCUCUCUACUCCCCAUUCCUAAUAGUACAUGGGUACCCAGGCUGGUUCUUGGGCUAGGCAGUGGGGAUUGAAUUCAUUACCUCCUUAUCAGUUCUAACACAGUAGACUAUGAUAUCAGUGUUAGUGGGAAGAGCUGAAUUUUCCUGGUAUACCCACUACAUUCUAUUCCUCUCUGGUCAACACAUACCACUUCCAGGUAUGGGACCUGCCAAGUGUGGAAUUACCUGGUGAGGGAGAGGGAAAUAUAAGGAGGCCUCUGGAGUUCCUGGCCUCAGCCAGCUGCCCACAAGCCAUAAUCCAAUAAAACAAGAAUACUGAGUCACGGUUUUUUAUCUGGGUUCUCUUCAUUCCUGCUGCACUUGGUGCUGCUUUGGCUGACUGGGAACACCCCCAUAACAACAAGGACUGGCAGGAAGACUAGAGACUGUUCACUUCCAGCUCAGAUCUUACUGUGUAAAUAAACUUCCAGAAUUGCUA